AUCUAUUGUAAAGCAAAUAUUGGAUUUACUUGUAUUGGAAAAUAAACAGUGUCGAUUGUAUUGAGGUCAACUGCCACAUUAUCAAACUUUAUUUUACGCGAAGUGCAGUACGUAGUCCAUAAACAACCGUGUAUUAAACAUUUUAUGAUAAACACAAAUACAUUUUCUACUUUCGUUUUCGCUUCCGUGUUGUUAAAAAGAUCUAGAGCUGUAAAAGUUUGUUUUUGUUGAAAAAUAUGCAUCUUUUCUUGAUAUUGUCUGUUCAUAAUGUUAUAAAUCAUUUAGGAUUUAUUCCCGAAACUUAGUUUAAGGGAUAUUCUGGAUGGCUUCAAGUGAAAUCCUUAGUCAGUGUGUUUUAACAUUUGGUGUACCAAAGAAAUACACAAAAAGAAAGGUGUGUGAGGCAUUACAGAGAAACUUAAAAGAAGGACAAUACGUGGUAAAUGCUUCUCAACCGCUCGGGGAAUCAGACGAGUCAAAUGAAUGGGUAAUUCAGCUCAAUUCGAAGGAAGCUGCCAAGAAGUUGUGCAAUGAAGUGGUACAAGAAGAACUAUAUGUUGAUGGUGAUCAAAAGGUGUCCGUUAAAUAUGAAAAGGCGCAGUCAUUUCAAGUCCCGGAAACUUGGCAGUAUAACCAGGAAAAUGUAAAGUCGCCAUCUACUCAGACUGUUAGAAGAGCACAGGAGUCUGCUGUGUUUGAUUCUCACAAUGAUCUUCAGAUGAACAGACCGCCUGUGGGGGCAUUUCAAAACCCUAGACAACCAUUUCACCCAAAUGCAGGAACACAUUUUGGAUUUGGACUUCAACCAACAUCACCGAAUCAAACAAAUCAAGGAAAUCAGUAUCCAGUAGCAGCUCCAUUUUCAAAACAGACAAAUUCAGGAAAUCCGUAUCCGUAUCCAUAUCCGCAAACUACAGGUCAAACAGGUGCCGGGAAUCCGUAUCUACCAACAGGACCAUUUCCCGGUCAAACAAAUCCGAGGAAUCCGUAUCCACCAGUACCGCAAAGUACAGGUCAGUCAGAUGCCGGGAAUCCGUAUCUACCAGCAGGACCAUUUCCCGGUCAAACAAAUCAAGGAAAUCCGUAUCCACUAGAACCGCAAACUACAGGUCAAUCAUGUGCCGUGAAUCCGUAUCUACCAGCAGGACCAUUUCCCGGUCAAACAAACGUAGGAAAUCCGUAUCAACCAGCAGGACCAUUUCUUGGUCAAACAAAUCCAGGUAACCCGUAUCCACUAGCACCGCAAACGACAGGUCAAAUAAAUCCCGGAUAUCGGUAUCCCGCAACAGUCCCAACAUCGGAUCAAAUGAAUGCAGGAUAUCCGCAUCAAAUAAGAGCAUCAGUUUCAAGCCAGACAAACCCGGGAAAUCAGUAUCCUGCACCAACACGAGCUCCUAUGCAGGGAAAUCCAGGAAAUCAGUACUUUCAGUUUCCAUCUAGACAGGCUGAUCCUUGGUGUCCACCAUUCCCACAGUUUCCACAGAUGCCAAUGAAUGCAUAUCCACAAGUACCAGGAUUACAAGCAAAUUACGGUCCAGGAUUCUCACCGUAUCCUUAUUUAAGUCCUUCACAAAUGCAGGGACAAGGACCCUACUUACCUAUGAGUCCUCCACAGCAGCAAGCAUUACUUAUGUCUCCGAUAAAUGCCCAAGAACCUGUAGGAGAGCCCGAAAUAUGUAAAGAAAAACACAUGCAGACUAAAAGUCAGUCACCAGAGACACAAGAACAUACUAAAGUGCCAGAAAAACAAUCCAGCAAAGUGCAGCGUACACAAGAGAAAGAAGAGACUUCAAAUGAUUCAGAAGAUUUAGAUAGUUCAGUUAAAGUUGAAGGAAUUAGAAGUAUCACAUUGAAGCAGAAUUUAGAGUUAUACUUUGAAAGCAAAAAGAGAUCUGGUGGUGGCGAUAUAGAAUGUAUUCGCUACGACGUUCUAGACGAAGAUAUUAUGUACAUACAGUAUAAACAAGCAUCGGAUGCUAGUGCGGUACUGGCAAGAAAACAUAAAUUCACUGGACAAGAGUUACGUGUAUCACCAUGUGCUACUCUUCCAUACUGUGAUGACAAAGUUCUCAUUGAGGGUGUGAACACAGACACAACACGAGACUGCCUGUUUAACUUUCUGGAGGGGAAAGCAAACUGCACGCCAAUAGAUAUGCAUGUCCAUGCUGAAAACAAAGACGUAGUGUUAGUUACUAUGGAGACACAGACAGACUUUGAUGAAUUGGAGCAAGCUUGUCAAAGACACAAACUUGAAGGAGCUACUCUAUCAAUGUCACGUGUUCCCGUGUCAAACUGCUUACUUGUUACUGACAUACCUCCUGAUGUUACGUGUGAAACACUCCAGUAUUACUUUGAGAACCGACGUAAAAGUUACGGUGGACCUGUAGACAGAGUCCAGCUAAACGAAGACGGAAGUGCGUGUUUCGUUUAUUUUGAGAAUUAUAAAGAUAUAGAAAACGUCAUUAAAAAGACCCAUAAAAUCAGGAACGUGCAUUUGAAAGUUGAACAAUAUCAACCAUGUAUGGGUCUACCACAGUGCUUUGCGAGACAAAAGAAGAUAGCUGUACCGAAUGAUGUCAUAAUGAAAACGGCCAACCCGCACAAGUUAAAAUUCUUGAAAAACUCCCCGAAAAAACAAAGUGCCCUUGAAGAAAAACUUCGUACUUGUAAUGCAGCAAUGCAUUUUCCCUCUAAUAAGGAAGAUGAAAUAACACUUAAUUGCACGAUUAAAGAACCUACAACAGAUGAUUUACCUUCGAUAGAAAACUGGGAAGAAGAUGUAGCCAAAAUAUUUACGAAGAUCAUGGAUGAAAUGAUUGUAAAUGAGACAGUUGUUCCACAUGACGACUGGCAGUCGGUUGUUGAUAACAUAAAGCGCAUCAAUUUGGACAAUCCAGAUUCAGUGAUGGUGGAAUUGAAUGCCACUAAAAGCAAAAUAAUCGUUAUUGGUGACAAAGAUGUAGCAGAGCCAUUGUUCAAGGAAAUUGAAAAACAUAAAAACGAACAAAUUAGAGUAACCGAGUUGAAGAAAAGCAAAACAAAAGAGAUAGUCACUACAUUAAAGCCCGUAGAGUGCGGAAUGUUGAACUUGGUUGGUUUUCCUAGAGACAUUAUGGACACAUAUUCUACUUUGAAAGUCUCUAUUGAUGAGGUCUGCUCUGAAAUUGUUUUUGAAGGAACUCCGAGUGAUAUUAAUGAAGCUAAACUGAGAAUGUAUGAAACUAAAAGUAGAUUUGGCAUAUCUAAAUUUGAUGUUCCAGACAAUAUUUGUUUACAACUAUACCAGUCAAGACAAACUAGGAAGCACAUCUCUCAAAUUCUCCAGGAACGACAAUUACAAUGUCUCUUUGAAGUUGCUGAUGAAACGAUUACUGUUUAUUCUGAGAAUGAUGGCACACUUGACGUAUGCGUUAAAGUUAUCCGCAGAGCAGUUGUCCUACAUAAAGUUGAAUUAAACAAAGAAUCGAUGGAAUACUUAGAAACGGGUACGUUUGAGCAGAAAAUUGAGGAACUUCAACAAAGAAACGAAGGAAAGGUGCUUAUUGAAAUUUUUAGCAAUGCUAGUUGUGUGAGAGUUUGUGCAUUAGAAAACAUUCUUGAAGAUGUUGUUUGUGAAAUUGACGAAGAUAUCAGCAAAAAUGCGUCACUUCAGACUAAAGUUAAUUGCACAAGAAAUGAAGCUGCUUUUAUUGAAAUGUACAAGAAGGCUUCUCUAGCUGAUAUUGCUCAGAAACUUCAGACAUACAGAGUUAAGAUAUGUCUAGUACCAAAGCAUGCUGGCUUUUCAAUCCAAGGUCCUGAAGAAGGCAUAGCAAAGGCUAAAAAGCAGAUACAUGAACUUUUAAAGUCAGUCAAGGACAAGGACCAUACUUUCAGAAAGACUGGUUUUGCUAAGUUUAUAACGACAUCCAAAGGACGUGACUUGUUGAAUAUAAUAGAAAAUGACCUGUCUUGUUUAAUAGCCAUAAAAGAUAAUUCCGAUGACUCAUCAGUAAAACCGAAGCAUUCAGCUGGGAAACGACAAGCUCUGAAUAUAUUCGCUACGUGUACAAUACAAGACAAAAUAGAAAUCCAAACUGUACAGUGUGACAUCACUGAAAUUCCCGUUACAAUGAUAGUGAACAGUACAGACGAAAAACUUAGCAUGAGUUAUGGGUUGGGGAAAAUACUGGCCAUCAAAGGCGGCAAAGAAGUGAAAGACUCGUGCUGUGACUUUAUUGAAAAACAUGGAAAACUUAAAGAAUGUCGAGUGUUCCAAAGUCCUGCAGGUAAACUGAAAGCCAAGUACAUUUUACAUGUGACUGUUCCCAGUUGGCAGCGAGGUCAUGGCGCGAGCGACAAGUUGAAAGGUGCAAUCUUGAAUUGUUUGGGUAAGGCGGAAGAAUAUAACGCUAGAUCAAUCGCCAUUCCUGCAGUUGGCUGUGGAGCUGCAAGGUAUCCAGCUGCUACUGCGACAGACACAAUCGUCGCGGCAAUAGAAACGUUCUUCAGGAAAAACGAAGACAGCAUUGUGACGAAAAUUAUUCUGUGUGAUAUGAAACAUGGUGUUGUUGAAGAAUUUUCAAGAGCUCUCGUAGAUGAAUUCGGCAGGAAGAGAGUCAAGGUGAUAAAGAAAGAUGACCAUCGAGAUGCAUCAAAUAGAAAGAAAGAAAAGGAAGAUGCGGGAACAAGCAGGAGACGGAUACAUGCAGAAAAUGUUGAUAAAGUUACAAUUGGCAAUAUAACUUUAUCCGUUAUUAAAGGAUCAGUAGCAAAACAAAAGGCUGAUGCCUUAGUGAACAUUGUUGACAAAUCUGUCGACCUUAAAAGGGGCACAAUAUCUGCGACCUUGUUGAAAAAUGGAGGUGAUGAAUUACAACAAGAGCUUCAAGCCAAAUGUCCGAAUGGGUUAGAGAACGGUCAGAUUGCGAUCACUUCAGGGCAGAAGCUGUCAUGUCGUCAUGUUAUUCACGGUCGAUUAGGAGGUUGGAAUGGCGGGAACACGGAUUCCAGUAUAGAGGCGUUGCAUACAUUCAUGAAACUAUGCUUAAAUGGGGCUCAUCAGCAAAAAGUAGGCAGCAUAGUGUUUCCGGCAAUAGGGACCGGAAAGCUUGGAUAUCCGAAAGACGUUGUGGCGAAGGAAAUGAUUACAUCUAUUGCAACCUUCAGUAACGACAAUCAACAAUCGACAAUAAAAGAAGUCCGUAUCGUAAUUUACCACGAAGACUUCGCUACCAUAAAGGCCUUCGAGGCAGAAAGUUCAUUUUGGGAGACUGGAGAACGGCAUUGUCCGCGUGAUUUACGACAUGUUUACCAAGACAUUGAUGAUAGUGACAGUACUACACAAUGUAAAGGAAAAACUAAUGUGAAAGAAGGAAGGAAAGACUUACAUGGUGAUAUAUUAGACGAAGACACAGACUGUAUAGUUAACAGUAUUCCAUAUUCAAUGGAUCUGAAAAAGGGAGCUGUGUCGAAAGGUAUUUACAAGAGAUGUGGCGCAGAAAUUGAAACAGAGUUGGAAAAGAAAAAAGACUGGUUGAGGAAAUAUGAUCUUGUCACAACAUCUGCACCGAAUCUGGGAUGCAGAGUUCUGAUUCAUGUCGCAGUUCAAGACAAUACAGGCGGCUGGAAAAAGGUUGUGGAAAAAUCUCUGAAGAAAGCAGAGGAAAAACGACUGAGCAGUAUUGCAUUUCCAGCUCUGGGAACAAGUUACCGUAAUGAGCCGAGGGCAAUUGCUCAGUGUAUUGUAGCAGCAUUAACCCAUUUCGAAAAGACGAAACCUGAGCAUGUAUCCGAUGUUCGACUAGUCAUUUACCAGCGUGACAUGUUACAAGUGUUCCAUGAAGCUGUAAUCUAUGCUUCAUCCGACUCCCGAGAUGAAAGUGACACCGAGCAAUAUAGACGAGGGUACAGAUAUUCUGGCGAUCCGAAUACAAUCACAUUUACAAUACUGGCAAUGGAAUAUGAUGUUAUUGAUAGAGCAGUGUCAAGAAUAGAAAAAUGUUAUGACCAGAAAGAGUUUCAUGACGAGAUUAUUAAAACAUUUAACAUAUAUCACAAGGAGCAGUUAAAAGAUAUAGAGAGGCAGGAGAAUGUUUCAAUAAACUUGGACAAGAAUACAGGCAUGAUACAAAUACGUGGGUUGCGGGAAAAUGUCACGACAACCUCAGACAAAAUACACAGUGUAAUGAGAGAAGCUCUGAAAUUCGAAAAGAACAAAGCUUCGGCAGAUCUAAUGAGCCAUAUGAUUCAAUGGUUUUUCACAGUCACAGAUGGUUCCGGAGAAAAACUUGUUCCCUACGAGAAGCCAAUAAAUUUAAAAAUAGAAAAGGCUUACAAAGCGGAUGAGGCAUCUGUUACAUUUCAGGAUUCUAAAAAGGUAAUGUUCAAGAUAGAUUUCAAGCAAAUGAAGGGGUAUCCGGUAGAUAAACCGACAGAUACAAUAGCAGUUGUCAGAAAAGAUAAGGUUACAGAUGGCUCGAGUAAUGUCCCAACCACUUGGGCACCCAUGACAGGCAAUUUGAGCGUUGUGCAAUUGGCAAAUACGGAUAAAGAAUACAAUGACACAAAAACUGCCUUUCUAACAUCAAUCGGCGGCAAUGUCAAUGUUCUUAAGAUUGAGAGAGUACAGAACAAAGCAUUGUGGCAGCAAUACCAAGCAAAGAAGCAGCAAAUGGAACUCAGUAAUCCACCAAAUACCAAAAACGAGUCAUUACUCUGGCAUGGUUCAUCUACCGUCGGUAUUGAAAAUAUAAAAGUCCACGGGUUUGACAGAAGUUAUUCAAACAUGGGAUGUUCUUAUGGUGUUGGCGUUUACUUUUCUCCAAUGGCAACCGUGUCACGCGGUUAUGCUCAAACUGACCCUGCUGGAGUACGAAGAAUGUAUUACUGCCGGGUACUUACUGGAGAAUAUACACAGGGACGGUCCUCCAUCAGAUAUCCUCCGCCUAAGCCGUCCGGUGGUCCACAUGCAAAAUAUGAUUGUGUUGUGAGCAAUAUGAGUGCACCAACCGAAUUUGUUAUUUUUAAUGAUACACAAGCUUAUCCGGAAUAUCUUAUAUCGUUUAACCCAUGAAACGUAUAUUAGUCUA